UUCCUAUUGCGCCGCCUUCUCCCGCAUGAAUUUCCUUAGAUCGCCUUCCUCAUUUGACAUUCCUUUAGUGGCAUAAGUGGGGAAAAGAGGCGGUGGGAGAGCACGUGGUGAAUCGCACUCGCCCGCGCAUGGGCCAACGAGCGCGCCUCUAAAUGAGCGCGAAUCGCAGGCCCGAGAAGUGAGAACGCCGGACCGCUUCGACGACACAAGAUGGACUUGCUGUCGGCCGUCGUGCUGGCCAAGGGGGGAGACGCAUCAUCGUCGCGAAGUUCCCUCAUCGGCGUCGCAAUCUCCCUCGGCGGCAACAUCCUCAUCUCACUGGCGCUCAAUUGCCAGAAGCUCGCCCACCUCCGUCUGCAGGAGCAAGGGCAGGCAGAGGCGCAAACGCACGACGGUGCAAAGAGCGGAGACGAGGACGAGAACGAGGACGAGGUGGAGCAGUCGCAUCGCCCUGCACUUACUUCUUCUUCGUCGUCAGAAGCAGACGACGAGACCAGUCGUCUGUUGAAGAGUCCCUCGAAAAAGAGCGCAUAUGACUCCCUUUCGUCCUCCUCUUCCUCGGUAUCGACGAAGCGCAACAGGAGCCGGUCAGGCUCGUUGACGAAUGGCGGACAUGGGAGGUAUCCUUCAAAAGCAAAGCAUUCAAAGCGACCCUCUCACACCAGCCAAAGUCAAGCAGUCAUUGAAAAUGGGGGAGAGCUGGGAAGAGACGAAGAAGGAGAUGAUGAAGAGGGAGAGGGAGAGGAAAGGGAAGAGGAGGAAGAAGGCGAGACGCCCGGUCCGACAGCCAAAUUCCUCAGGAGCAAGUUGUGGUGGCUUGGCAUGGGCUUGAUGGUCGUAGGCGAGUUUGGCAACUUUCUCUCAUACGGAUUCGCGCCAGCCUCACUCGUGGCUCCCCUGGGUGCCGUUGCGCUCCUUUCCAACGUGCUCAUCUCGCCCGUACUUCUACACGAGCGCUUCCUGCCCUCCGACAUUGGCGGCAUCCUCCUGGCCAUCAUCGGUGCAGUCACUGUCGUCUUCUCCUCCAAGCAAAACGAUGCCCGACUUGGACCAGACGAGCUGUGGGACGCCAUCCGGACAAGCGCAUUUAUCGCCUAUAGCAUCGUCGCCAUUGUCGUUGCCGCCGUCUUAGUCUGGUGCAGCACUACUCGGUGGGGACAGCGCUUGAUCCUGAUCGAUGUCGGCGUAUGUGCAAUCUUCGGCGGCUUCACCGUGCUUUCGACGAAAGGACUCUCUUCGCUCCUCUCUCGGGGCAAUCCCUUUGAUCUCAUUCGGUAUCCCAUCACCUACGGUCUCGUCAUAGUGCUCGUCAGUACCGCGGUUGCGCAAAUCACUUACCUAAAUAGAGCGCUCCAGCGCUUCGAUUCUCGUGAGGUUAUUCCUACGCAGUUUGUCCUUUUCACCAUCUCGGCCAUCGUCGGUUCCGCAGUUCUGUACCGUGAUUUCGCCGACAUGGAUCCCCACCGGCUCAUCAACUUUCUCUUUGGAUGCCUGACGACGUUUGCCGGCGUCUUUACCCUUACCCGCGAUAAGGCUCGAGGCGAUGAGGGUGAAGAUGAAGAGGAAGAAGAGGAGGAGGAAGAGGAGGAUGAAGAGGAGGAGGAACACUUCAUCCGUCCACAGAAUGUCCAGGUCCUCACACCAGGAAGGACAAAGUCGGAUACAGUCGUGUUGGGCACAACGUCUCAGCAACAAGCUCUUUUUACAAGCCCGGCGAAGGAAGUUGCAAGCCCCAGGGUGCAAAUUGCCGUGCCCGUCUCCAGACCUGGCGCGACGCCUCUCGGUCCCGGAUCAGGACAGGGCGCAGCAUCAGCAGCAGCAGCAUCGACGAGCCUGACAUCGACGAGCAGUAUGCCUCUGCGCUCAGCGAAUGCGCGAAGAUCGUUCCUUGGCGUAGGCACCGGAAGCGCAGGGACCGGCACCGCGACGCCCAUCGGUGUCGGUGCCGGUCUCUCGGCGGGCCACUACCUCCUGCUAGCCACAACGCCGCCGAAACCGGGUACGAUAUUAACCGUGGGCGGCAUGCCCCCAUCUGGUUCGCCGGCUGGGACAUUUGUUGGAUCGCAGCCACAGGGGAGUGUCCCAAGUAGUGUCAGUGGUGUUGGUGGCGGCGCUUCUCCGUCUCAACCCAGGAAAAGGAGCUUGUCGCAACCGGCGUCGGCGAGGAGACCGAGAAGGGGACCAAAGGCGGUGCCACAGGACCUUGAGGCGCAAUCACAGCAGUCGAACAGUAAUCGUGGGGCCAGAAGAACGCCGAGCGAUGAGGCGGCUGCGGCGUCUGUGUCAAGGCCGAAGAGCGCCGACUUAGGAGGAGGAGGCUAGUCUUGCCACUUCGCGGCGACGUCUCGUACCAGGGCAAGACUUUUUCAGCUAUAACGAAGGCGGCGAACCACCAAGAUUGAGCUACUCUUCUUUAUACAUGCUGGAGG